AUGUCGGCGCAUACGGUCAAACGAAGGAAGCUUAGCCCUUCGCCAGAUGCAAAUUCCCAACCUCACACCAAAUCUUCUGGCAAUCCGGCCCCGACUAGCUCCAAGGAAGGCUCCGAGAAAACGCCUGCCGCGCGCAAAAAUGACCAUUCGACAAAAUCCCAAGCCGGCGGCAGAGGAAAAGAUGAGCGUUCGGCUGAGCUUGCCAUGGCUAGCGGCUUCUACAAAUCCAGCUUCUUCAAGUUGCAGAUGGACGAGCUGCUGACCGGGCUGAGACCGAACUACGACAAGCGAAUUUCGAAGCUUCAAGAAACCCUGCACAAGGUGAAACAUGCGAUCGAAACCCUUCCCGAGCACCCACCGAAAUCUGUAUCAGAAGCCGAGAAGGAGCUGCGCGGUGCGUCUGGUGUCGUGGUACCGUGGCCCGAGCCUCGACCGGCCAAGGAUACCAAAUAUACCGUGUCAUAUGCGAAGCCAACAAACAUCAAUGUGGUGGGAAGCUUUGCUUUGAGAACAGGAGCCAAAACCUCAGACUUUCGCUCAGUGGACCUGGCGGUGACAAUGCCCAGCUCCAUCUAUCAGGAAAAGGACUAUGUCAACUAUCGGUAUUUCCAUAAGAGAGCAUUCUACGUCGCUUGCCUAGCGGCUGGUAUACAGGAGUCCAUGAGCGAACUUGGACUGGAGGUCAAAUUCGGUCUUCAGGACGGAGACAGUCUUCGCCCGCUGAUCUUGCUGGAGCCUCGGCCUACCUCAAAGGACGACAAAACACCCUCGCGGCCGCAGAUCCGGAUCUUGACUGCAAUUGAUUCGACGCUCUUCCCCAUCACUCGGACGCUACCGAUGAAAAGCAAUGUUCGACAGGGCUCGUCUGCUGAUCAGUCCGAAAUUAACGAGCCGACUCCUUUCUACAACGCUAGCCUCCGGUCCGAGGCCACCGUCUCGCAGUAUCAUAAAUAUCUCCACUCAGCCUCUCAGAAAUGUGAAUCCUUCCGUGAUGCAUGCAUCUUGGGGCGGACCUGGCUGCAACAACGAGGCUUCCAUACCUCUUUUCAAAAUGGAGGCUUCGGAGGCUUCGAGUGGGCGGCUCUCAUCUCCCUUUUAUUUGAAGGCGGUGGACCCACCGGUCAACCGAUUCUCAUGCGAUCUUACAGUAGCUAUCAAAUCUUCAAGGCUACUAUACAGUUUCUCGCUGGUAGGGAUUUGAAAACUCCCUUGCUUCUGUUUGCCGGUGAUGUCCCCGUUCCCGACGGAGGACCUGUUUUGUACGAUGGCCACAGAGGAUUGAAUCUUCUUUACAAGAUGACCCCAUGGUCCUAUGCGGCGCUCCGCCAUGAAGCAACCAUUACCCUCAAGAUGCUCAAUGAGUCUCGGGAAGACAACUUUGACAGGGUUUUCAUCGUGAAGGUCGACGAGCCGGCGUUGAGAUUCGAUCGCCUUAUCUCCUUCCCCAAGGCCUUUAAUGGCGAUACUCUUCGAGCUCUUCGCGAGCAGAACUCGUUGUAUACCGUGCUUUCGAGAGCCCUUGGAGACCGGGUCAAACUCAUCUCCUUUGCGAGUGACAGCGUCGGAUCUUGGUCUGUCCGAUCAAAGGCUCUGACCAAGAAAGCGAGUCACGACCUCACUGUGGGGCUCCUGCUUGACGCUGACAACGUAGGCCGGGUGGUCGACCAUGGCCCUCCCGCGGAGGAGAAGGAGGAGGCAGCUUCCUUCCGAGCCUUUUGGGGAGAGAAGGCAGAACUUCGGCGAUUCAAGGAUGGCAGCAUCUUGGAAAGUCUAGUGUGGUCCGAUCUACCAUCGGAGGACUCGAUUGUGCAUCAAAUCCUGGCUUACAUACUGCAUCGACAUUUCCAGAUCGCCGAGGAUGAUUUCCUGCUUACUGGCGACGAAUAUGAUGAUCUGCUCCACGACCAAGGUGACGGUGUGCUGGCAUACUCCAGCUCACCUUUCCAGUCGAUCAACGAAGCGUUCAAAGAGCUAGAACGAUCGAUUCGAGACAUGGAAGAAGUUCCUUUGGAAAUUCGGCACCUGGCUCCGGCGAGCCCACUGCUCCGAUACACCGCGCUUCGAGUGCAGGGCUCUGGUGGGGCCAACGAAGCUGCGGACGUUGUUCUUCAAUUUGAAAGCUCCGCACGGUGGCCUGACGAUUUCGCUGCCAUUCAAAUGACGAAAGCUGCAUUCCUCAUUAAGAUCGGAGACUCCCUGGAGUCCGCGGGCGCUGCAUCAUCCUGUCGUGUUGGUCUGGAGAACGAAUCCAGCAAGGUGCUCAACAAUGCAUACUUGGAUAUUCCUCACACUUCAGGCUUCCUUUUCCGACUAAGAAUCCACCACGAACGUGAACAGACACUGCUUGAACGUCAACUCAAGGACAAGACCAUCAGCCCUCGAGAGCGAGAGGAAGUUGCCUACGCUCUCUUUUCGUACAAGAAGCUCUUCGUGCAGACACCCCGCCUGACCCAGGCACUUCGGAGCCUCUGCACCCGCUUCCCGCUGCUGUCACCCACCGUCCGCCUGGUGAAAUAUUGGUUCACUUCGCAUCUCUUUUCUGCUCAGGUCUGUGACGAAGUGAUCGAGCUUCUGACAGUCCGGACCUUUACGCAACCCUAUCCGUGGGACUGCCCUUCUAGUAUCAUGACCGGGUUCCUCCGGACUCUGCAUUUCCUUUCCCGAUGGGACUGGCAGCAAGAACCUUUCAUCGUCGAUCUGGGCGGAGAUUUGAGCCCGGAGAUUACCGAAACAAUUCGCACUCGGUUUACCGCCUGGCGCAAUAUCGAUCCUGCGAUGAACACGAUUGCUUUGUUCGUCGCCUCGGAUCUCGAUACUGAUGGCGUGACGUGGACCCAGUACGGAAUGCCCUCGAAGGUUGUGGCCGGGAGAAUGACCAUGCUGGCGAAAGCAGCGGUGAACUUGCUGCGGACAAAGAGCCAGGAUCUUGACGUGUCCGAUCUCUUCCAGACAUCGCUUGCGCCCUACGACUUUGUUAUUCACCUACGCUCUAAGAUCUUGGGCGAUCGUCCCACCGUGUCCAAAUUCAAAAAUCUGGUGGAAACAGGUACUUCCCGCAGCAGCAAGAUGGCGGUGGUCAAAUCGUUUGUUCAUGACGUUCAGGCCUGCUAUAGCCAAAGCGUCCUUCUCUUCCACGGCGACGAGCGCUGCGGCGUGGUUGCGGGUUUGUGGAAUCCGCAGAUGAUGAAGCCGCGGACUUGGAAUCUGAAAACGGCGUACUCGACAGCGCCAACACCCGAGAGCUCUCAGGAAAAGCAGGACCGGGUGACGAUCAAUCAUCCGGCGAUUUUGAACGAGAUCUCGCGGUUGGGAGAGGGUCUCGUUGAGACAAUAGAAACCGAGUAA